AUGGUGAGAGAACUUCGAAGGGGCGACGUCGGAUGGAGAGGGACGAAGCGGCUGGAUGCCCAGCCUUUGACACGCUAUCAAUUAAUCACCAUGUCAUCGCCUAAUUUGCGAGCUCUUUUGGGUUCCCUGGUGGUCUUUCUUUUUGUACUAGCUGACCAUGUUCAUGUGGUUGCUGCUAACCGCGGCCAGUUUGGAGUUCACUACCCCAUAAAGCACCAUAAGCCAAGGUUCACAGCUGGUCCUUGGAAGCAAGCUCAUGCCACAUUCUACGAAGGCGGCGCGGGAACAUUUGGCGGAGCUUGUGGUUACCAUGACGUGGUUCAAGAAGGCUAUGGCCUCGAGACAGUGGCACUGAGCAAUGCUUUGUUCAACAAUGGGUUGUCAUGUGGUGCAUGCUAUGAAAUCAAGUGUGUGGAUGAGCCUCAAUGGUGCAAGCCAGGGAGCCCUGUUCUCGCUGUUACUGCAACCAACAAUUGCCCACCAAAUUGGAAUCAGCCUAGUGAUAAUGGAGGAUGGUGCAAUCCGCCACGCGAGCAUUUCGAUAUAGCCAAGCCUGUGUUCCUCAACAUUGCCGAGUACAAGGCGGGCAUUAUUCCAGUCACGUACCGUAGGGUUCCAUGCCAGAAGAAAGGAGGCAUUCGAUUCACAAUAACCGGGAACCCUUAUUUCAAUGAAGUUUUGGUAUGGAACGUGGGAGGAGCUGGGGACAUCAUCAGCUUGCAGGUGAAGGGCUCCGACAAGCUCAAAUGGACCACAAUGAGUCGGAUGUGGGGUCAGCGGUGGGUUACUGGUGCCAAGAUGGUCGGUGAGUCGCUGACCUUCCGAGUUGAAGCAAGUGAUAGAAGACACUCAACUUCAUGGCAUGUUGCCCCCAAGAAUUGGCAGUUUGGCCAGACUUUUGAAGGCAAGAACUUCCGAUAG